CCCCAUUGGAGCCAGAUCGGGAGGCGGAAUGUUCAACUCCUAACUCGGGCAGAAGCGUGGGAGCCGCGCGGGCCGCUGUCCUCCCGACGUCCCUCCGCAGCGACCACCGCCCUCCCCACGCGCGCGGCCUGUGCGCCCCCGACUGCUGCUAGUGCCCGCCCGAGAGCCAGAUUUUGUGGAAGUAUAAUACUUUGUCAUUAUGCGAUGUCGUCUCUCGGUGCUUCCUUUGUGCAAAUUAAAUUUGAUGACUUGCAGUUUUUUGAAAACUGCGGUGGAGGGAGUUUUGGGAGUGUCUAUCGAGCCAAAUGGAUAUCACAGGACAAGGAGGUGGCAGUAAAGAAGCUCCUGAAAAUAGAGAAGGAGGCAGAGAUACUCAGUGUCCUCAGUCACAGAAAUAUCAUCCAGUUUUAUGGAGUAAUUCUUGAACCUCCCAACUAUGGUAUCGUCACAGAAUAUGCUUCUCUGGGAUCCCUCUACGAUUAUAUUAACAGUAAUAGAAGUGAAGAAAUGGACAUGGAUCACAUUAUGACCUGGGCAACAGAUGUAGCUAAAGGAAUGCACUACUUACAUAUGGAGGCUCCUGUCAAGGUCAUUCACAGAGAUCUCAAGUCAAGAAAUGUUGUUAUAGCCGGAGAUGGAGUACUAAAGAUCUGUGAUUUUGGUGCCUCUCGGUUCCAUAACCACACAACACACAUGUCCUUGGUUGGAACUUUCCCUUGGAUGGCUCCGGAAGUGAUCCAGAGUCUCCCUGUGUCUGAAACUUGCGACACAUAUUCCUAUGGUGUGGUUCUCUGGGAGAUGCUAACAAGGGAGGUCCCCUUUAAAGGUUUGGAAGGAUUACAAGUAGCUUGGCUUGUCGUGGAAAAAAACGAGAGAUUAACCAUUCCAAGCAGUUGUCCCAGAAGUUUUGCUGAACUGUUACAUCAGUGUUGGGAAGCUGAUGCCAAGAAACGGCCAUCAUUCAAACAAAUCAUUUCCAUUUUGGAGUCCAUGUCAAAUGACACUAGCCUUCCUGACCAGUGUAACUCGUUCCUGCACAACAAGGCUGAGUGGAGGUGUGAAAUCGAGGCUACUCUUGAGAGGCUAAAGAAACUAGAACGUGAUCUCAGCUUUAAAGAGCAGGAGCUUAAGGAACGAGAAAGACGAUUAAGGAUGUGGGAGCAAAAACUGACGGAGCAGUCCAGCGUCCCGCUGCUGCCUUCCUUUGAGAUUAGUGCAUGGACUGAAGACGACGUGUACUUUUGGAUCCAGCAGCUCGUGAGAAAAGGUGAUUCUUCUGAGGAAAUGAUUGUGUACGCAAGCUUGUUUAAGGAAAACAAUAUUACCGGAAAGCGGCUGCUGCUUCUGGAGGAAGAAGACUUGAAAGACAUGGGCAUUGUCUCCAAGGGGCAUAUCAUUCACUUAAAGUCAGCCAUUGAGAAAUUGACCCACGACUACUUAAACUUGUUUCACUUUCCACCACUCAUUAAGGACUCUGGAGGUGAACCUGAAGAAAAUGAGGAAAAAGUCGUGAACCUUGAACUUGUUUUUGGUUUUCACUUGAAACCUGGAACUGGCCCACAGGAUUGUAAGUGGAAAAUGUAUAUGGAGAUGGAUGGGGAUGAAAUUGCAAUAACCUACAUAAAAGAUGUGACAUUCAACACUAACCUACCUGAUGCAGAGGUUUUAAAGAUGACAAAGCCCCCCUUUGUAAUGGAGAAAUGGAUUGUAGGAAUAGCAGACAAUCAGACUGUAGAGUGCACUGUCACAUAUGAGAGUGAUGUUAGAACUCCGAAGAGCACCAAACACGUCCACUGGAUUCAGUGGGGCAAAGCAAAACCUCAGGACGAAGUGAAGGCGGUUCAGCUAGCCAUUCAGACGUUAUUCUCCAACUCUGAGGGCAACACAGGAAGCAGAUCCAACUCAAGUGCGGACUGCCAGUGGCUGGACAUUCUGAGGAUGCGCCAGAUCGCGUCCAACACGGCGCUGCAGCGCUCGCAGAGCAACCCGAUCCUGGGCUCCCCGUUCUUCGCCUUCCUGGAGAACCAGGAUUCCUACGCAGCCGCCGUGCAGCGGCGCCCCCAGCAGCCCAGCAAGCUGCAGCAGAUCACGCCCAUCAAUCAGUCCCGCAGCUCCUCGCCCACGCAGUAUGCCCUGACCAAGAACUUCUCCUCCCUCCACCUCAACUCCAAGGACAGUGGCUUUUCCAGUCUCAAUAUGGACAGCUCUUCUGAGAGGGGUCGGUACGCAGCGCGAAGCAGGGACAAGUGUGACCGUGGGAGUGUCUCACUCAAUUCAUCCCCGAGAGGAAGAUACUGUGGGAAAAGCCAGCAUUCCACGCCUUCCCGGGAAAGAUACUUCAGGGUUCCGCAGUCUGCACUGCAUGCUCGCCAGUCACCUGACCUCAAGCGGAAACCCAGUGAUCACCAGCCCAGGACAAUCCCCGGGAUGCCUUUGCACACAGAGACAAGGGCCAGUGAGGAAGAGAGUAAAGUUAGUGAUGGGUGGAUUCAAGUGGAAUACCGAAAGAAACCCCACAGGCCCUCUCCUACCAAGACUAACAAAGAGAGAGCCCGAGGGAACUACCGCGGGCGGAGAACCUUUUAAUGAAGUGGAACUGCUAGUUCUAUGUUCUAAGCGGGUU